CAUUAAACUCCUUCUUCUUCUUCAUUCAUUCUUCCUCCAUUAUCAAACCCUAAAACUCUCAUGAAAAAACCUAACUCAUGUUGGAGCUCUAAAAGCUUCAUCCUUUUAAGACUCAAUGAAUUCAUCUUCUUCUUCUAAGUUUUCAAACCCUAAUCCCAAAUCUAGGGGUGCACUUUGUGGUGGAAGCUUGACAUGCUACCAUGGUCUUCCUGCGCAAUUGAGGAUUGCAAAACGAGGUAGUAGGCCAGGAAACAAAUUCUAUGGUUUUGCUAAUUGGCCUGAUACCAAUUGCAAGUUUUUUAUGUGGGAAGUUGAUGUUGACAAAUCAAUUAACCAGAUCGACAAGCAUGAACAAUUAGAAUUUGAAAUUGGAGCAUUAGUUGACAAAAUUCAGAAAUUAAAGCAUAACAAGAGGACCAUGGAAGAGGUUGUUAACUCACUUAAAGUGGAAAAUGCAAAGCUCAAUGGCACAGUGAAGGCUUUAGGAAUUAUAUGCUUUUGUUCUCUUGGUUCAUAUGUUUUGUGACUGUAUUUUUUCUUACUUAGGAAUUUCUUAAAAUUAAUUGUUGAAGAAGUUGUAGUAUAUUCAAUGAAAUUGGAAGCAAUGUACUAAUUUGCAACUAGUAUUAAGAAGU